GAAUUGUCUCAAUUAUGACUCUCACUGUUCUUGCGUAUGAACGCUACAUUCGAGUAGUCCAUGCGAAAGUGAUUGACUUCUCCUGGUCUUGGCGGGCUAUCACAUACAUCUGGAUCUACUCAUUAGCCUGGACUGGAGCACCUCUUUUGGGCUGGAACAGAUACACACUGGAAAUUCAUGGAUUAGGUUGCUCAGUAGACUGGAAAUCGAAAGACCCAAAUGAUACCUCCUUUGUGCUUCUUUUUUUCCUUGGCUGUCUGGUAGCACCUGUUGGAAUCAUGGCCUAUUGCUAUGGUCAUAUUCUCUAUGCAGUAAGAAUGCUUCGCAGUGUGGAAGAUUUCCAGACUGCUCAAGUGAUCAAACUUCUAAAAUAUGAGAAGAAGGUGGCUAAAAUGUGUUUCUUAAUGAUCUCCACGUUCCUUAUUUGUUGGAUGCCCUAUGCAGUAGUCUCCCUCCUGAUAACGUAUGGCUAUAGCAACCUUGUGACUCCAACAGUAGCUAUCAUCCCCUCUUUCUUUGCCAAGUCGAGCACUGCUUAUAAUCCAGUCAUCUAUAUCUUCAUGAGUAGAAAGUUUCGACAAUGCCUUUUGCAACUCUUGUGCUUUCGCCUGAUGAGAUUCCAGAGGACCGUGAAAGAGACACCAGCAACAAGGAGUGACAAACCAAUACGGCCAAUAGUUAUGUCUCAGAAAGCAGGAGACAGGCCAAAGAAGAAAGUGACUUUCAGCUCCUCCUCCAUCAUUUUUAUUAUCACCAGUGAUGACACUCAGCAAAUAGAUGACAACAGUAAACACAGUGGGACAAAUGUAAAUGUCAUCCAAGUAAAACCACUAUAG